AUAGCAUAUUGAGCAUGGGCAGGAGAGCAUUCACGUUAAGAAGACUUGUCAUUAUCGUCUCAAUAUUCUCUGCCAAACUAAGGCUGUACAAUUCUGUUGAGCUGCUGUUACAAAAUUUAAAACCCCAGAAUUGUGCCCUAGUUUCGGGAAGAAGUAACACGUAGAACUGGGAGAAAAUGAGAAGCAUAACAACGAACGGCGACUACUACAAGAAAAUCUUUCAACUCUUCUGUCGAAAAUGCAGAAAAACAGAAGUAGAUAGAGCCUGGGCAGAACAAGUCUUUCCUAGACUCGUCAUUGAUAAAAUGCAAUCGAAAAUUCUGAAUAAAUCUGGCAAUGCAUUGUUCUCACUCGGUAUAGGUAGCGGAACGGGUGAAUUUGAAAGUUCGCUGCUCCGGCAAAUCUCGAUGCGUUACAAACGCAUCCAUCAUACCGUUGUUGAACCAGUGAAAUCUUUCAUCGAGCGUUACCAAUCUCUUCUUUUAACGGAAGAUGCGGUCAAAGAUAUUCAGUUUGACUGGAAGGAGCAGACGAUGCAGACGUUUCAGAAAGAUCGUGAAGAACAGAAAGGGGGCAAGCAGCCAAACAACUUUCAUUUCAUCAGCGCGGUGCAUUCAUUGUAUUACGCCAGUGACAUGGAAGACACUAUACGAUUCUUUUAUGACUUACUCGAUGACGGGGGCGUGUUGAUGAUAGCCGUCACAACUGACCAAUCCAGCAACACGAAAUUCAUCAAAAAUUUCCCGGUCAUUAUCGAACACAACCCUCACAUCACAGUUGUGAACAGCUCCGACGUUGAACGAUCGUUAAAGACCCUUGGUCUCCCCUACGACGUCCAUGCGCAGUCAUCAUCGGCCGACAUCAGCUCCGUCUUCGACGAGUCAUCUGCCGAGGGCAAUUACACACUGCACCUGCGCAGCUCUGUGAUGACGUCAUCUCUUAUUUGAAAUCACCGGAAUGUUGCCACCUAGCAGAUGACGGGACUGUUCAAUUUAUGAACCCAUGGAAAACAUUUGUUAUCCAGAACGCUAAUUGAUUAAAAAACAAACGACAUGCCCUACUCAUAAUUUAUUAUAAAAAAAUUACUGAUUUAUUUUUAAGCCACCGGGUAUUCUUGAAUACUGCCUAUAUAGGCCUAAGUGACCUUACCUGUAAAAAAACGUCGAAUGUUAGACAUGAUACCCCGACCUUUGACUCAAAUGGCAAACGGCUUCGAUGGAUUUCUUUUAUUGUAAACAGUGGCGUAACUACGGGGGGGCAUGGGGGGGGCACGUGCCCCCCCCAUCGGCUGGCCAAAAAAAAAAAAAAAAAAAAAAAAAAAACGGGGAAAAGGAGAAAAAGAGGGAGAAAGGAAGAGAAACGUAGUGGGGAAAGAAGAAAUUAUGUUCAUUAUAAAUGUUAUAUUAUAUGAUAAUCAUGUUAUAUUACAUAAGAAGCAUUUUUUCAUAACUUUAUGAAACAUUAUUUGCUCAGGGCCUAUGUCUAUAUUGUUCCUGGUGCUCGCAGAGACUUUUAAACGAGAUAUAUAAUCCUGUUGUACUAAAACCCCCGUUUUCAAAUCAAUAUACUGUACACCAAAUAUAUUUCCUCGUAAUUCGAGUUAUUAU